AUGGAAGAGACCCAGCACAUUAACAUCGAUCUAGACGAACUGAAGCACGAGCUACAGACAAACGCAGCAGACUCACAAGACACAGUCCUAGCAGCACUCUCCUCCCGCAUAAAGGACUCCCUCGGAAACAUCCCAGAGGAAAAGCGCACUGAAGUUGAGGCAUUGGUGGACACUUUCCUGCAGAAAGAAUUACUCCCGGUACUCAGCACAAUAGUUAGUACACACUGUGCACUAACUCCUGAAGUAGUGGAGAUCCUCACGAAAGAAGCGAUAGCAGAACUCCCCUCUGAGCUCACGCAUAAACUCUACAAAUUAAGCGAUGAAAUGCUCGCUUUUAAUUACAAACAGGAAUUCGCAUACGAGAGCUAUGUCUAUACAGUUCUCUCUAAAAAGACAGAUCUAUUCCAGCUAUUACGCAACAUCCGUAGAACGGUUGUUGUAUACUGUACGGGAAUACUUCGGAGCAAAUCAAUGAAAAAAGCGAGAACUUCCCAGUUCGAAAGCGCUCUCUCCAAAGAAAAAGCCAAACUAGAAGAUCUCAUUCAGGCUCUAAGAAGGGCUUCAGAUGAAAAAGAAGAAAUCGACCUUUCUCUAUCUGUUAAUAUAAUAGCAGAUGGUAUAACGAAAGAAAAAAUGCGUAUUGCAAACCCUACUUUAGACUGGAAUGCAUACGCUUUACAAAAAGUAGCUGAAAAAGUCAAAAUGCACGCUCUUAACAGCAAGAAGAACCCUAGCACGUACUUUCUCAUGAGAGAAGUAGCAGAAGAAAAGACGGGGCGAUAUAUAUCUACAGAGGAUGUGGAGGCUUUUCAAACGCACUGGAUAUACAGCAACGAGGUGUGCUCUAUUCAGGAAGUAGCCGAGAAGAUAAAGUCUGCCGAGAAAGAGUGUUUGGCUGAGGGAAAGAAAAGACUUGACGCUGCAAAAGCGAUGAAGAAUGUGGUUGAGAAGAUGAUAGUGGAUGCGCGUGAGUAUAUCAGCAGCGUAUUCAGAGAAGGCCCAGCACCUGAAUCUAUGAAGAUGCUUGAGAUCGUUGAAAAAAAGGCGAAAAAGUUGCAAGAACCUGAAAAAACGGAAAUAAAAGAGGUCAGGAGUGCGGCGGUGGAUCUUUUCAUCCAGAUAAGAUCAGCUCGAAGAUCUUUCCUAGAGGCUUUGGAUGAAAUUUCCAAAGGCCUGGAUAUGGAUUCUUUAGAGGAGGCGCUGUCUAGUCUGUCUAUAAGCAAAAAUCUAGCAGAUUUUAACGAAUCCUUUGAAAAAAUUCAGGCUAAAUUUCCAAAUGCGGAAGCACACUUUAACUACAGAAAAGCUUUGCAGAACCUGAUAGCCCGAACAAACCGAUGCACGGAUAUAUACAACGAGCACUACCUGGCGACAAAGAAACAGCUUGAAUUUCUGCAGGAAGUUGGUAGGGACGAGACCCCGGAAGCCCGGGAUAUCAGGGUUUCUGAGUAUGAAAAAUUUGCAGAGGAAAAUCCAGCACCUGAUUUUUCAGGUUCUAUCGAAGACAUAUCGUCUGAGACUCUGGAAAAUGGAGCCACUCCGCGUGAGAUAGAAGCUAUGCUUUCAUCCCUGAGAGUGAGGCAGGGAGAGUGCCUAGCAGAGAUAGCAGAUGAAGCUAAAACAGAGGCUGAAAAAUUAAUCUUGAAGGUAAUUCUAUUGGAGAUUAAAAGAAAGAUACGGGUUCUUGAACCGAGACUUCUUUCACUUGCAAACUUAAGCGAAGAACAAGCCAAAAACGGGGAGUGUAUUCGAUACGCGUAUCUGACAAAGUACAAAAGCGAGACUUUUGAGCACAUGGCCGUGUUUACAAGGACUGAAAAGGCUGAAGUGGUCCCACUGGCUUCGGAGAUUGUGAAGGAAAUUGAGAAAAUCCCGAAUAACCCAGAGUUUAGCAGACAAGUGAAAGAAAUGCUUGAUGAAAUCAUUGAGAAAGAGCCAGAGAGUCUUCUGAGUCCGGAGGUUAUCAUCAAAAAUGAACACUUUUUGGAGAAGUUAGAAAGUGUGUUACCUCAGCUCGAUAAAGAAAUAGUCAAAGCUUUGGGGGGAAGUUCGGGUGAGAGAACGGGUGUAAAACGCAAGUAUCACCUUACGCUUCAAAAUUCGAUCCUUGCGCUUUUCUUCGUCUUUAUGCUCCUGUCUCUGGGCCUGGUAUGCAAUUCGGAAUUUUCAUAG